CCCCGCCCGCGCCUGCCCCAGUCUCUGCGAAGCAGCGCCAGCCUCCCCGGGGAGCGGGCGGGGGAGGCGCCGGGUUCAUGUUCCGGGUCGCCGAGCCGAACCCGACCCGAGCUCAGGCGGCGAGAAGGAGCUGGCAUUUCAGUAGGACUAUGGAGGAGCUAGUCCAUGAUCUGGUCUCGGCGCUGGAAGAAAGCUCAGAGCAAGCUAGAGGAGGUUUUGCAGAUACUGGAGAUCAUUCUCGAAGCGUGUCUUGUCUUCUGAAGCGACAGGCGAGGAAAAGGAGGGGACGAAAGAGACGCUCGUUUUCCACCCACCACCCCUGGGAGACUGGUCACUGUUUAAGUGAAGGUUCUGAUUCCAGUUUGGAAGAAUCAAGCAAAGACUACAGGGAGAGUCAUGCUAAUAAGAAAGACCACAGUGACUCUGAUGACCAGUUGUUGGUUGCUAAACGUCGACCUUCCUCAAAUUUAAAUAACAUUAGGGGCAAAAGACCUCUGUGGCAUGAACCAGAUUUGGCUGUUGAUAGUUUAGGAAACAGAACUUUGCGCAGAAGAAGAAAAGUGAAGCGAAUGGCAGUAGACCUUCCGUCAGAAGUCUCUAAUGCACUGACAAUAACUCAACAACAGGAUAGCAGUAGAGAUCAAGAAAUGGACAAUGACAAUAAAUCAUACCAACAUCAAGAGUUUUCCAAGAGCAAAGUGAAAAAAAGGAAAGUAGCUGCAGCUCGACAAGGACCAGAAAUCUUGGAUGAAGGAGUAGUUAUAGAAAAUGAAGAAGUGAACCAAGCAAAUAAGGACAAAAUGGAGUAUGAGGAGCAAAAGGGCUCAGAUGAAAACAUGAGUGACAGUGAAUCCAGCAGUCUGAGCAGCAGCGAUGCGGGUUUGUUUACCAAUGAUGAGGGAAGACAAGGUGACGAUGAGCAAAGUGACUGGUUUCAUGAAAAUGAAUCUGGCGGAGCAUGCGGAAUUACAGGGGUCAUUCCUUGGUGGGAACAGGAGGACUCUACAGAACUGGAGAGAGAAAUACCUGAUCCAGUCUUUGAAAGUAUCUUAACUGGUACUUUCCCUCUUAUGUCCCAUUCUGGGAGAAGAGGUUUCCAGAGCAGAUUUAGUCAUCUUCAUGGAGUUCCAGCAAGAAACAUCAAAAAGCCUUCAGGAAAUCAGACUACAUUGAUUACUCCAGGACCAGGUGGUAGCAGGAAAGCAGUUCACAUGUCCCAGGAUUCUCUCCACCACGACCAUUGGUUUAGCCCUGGGGCUAGGAAGGAACAUAGCCAGCUUCAACUCCUGCGAGACAACCGGUCAGAAAGAGGACACAAGAAGAACAGCUCAGUAAAAACAGCUAGCAGACAAACCAGCGUACACUUAGGAUCGUUGUGUAUGGGAGACAUCAAACGGAGAAGGAAAGCUGCUCCCCUGCCAGGACCCACAGGGUUUGUAGGUGAAAACACUCAACCAAUCCCAGAAAACAACAUUGGAAACAGAAUGCUUCAAAGUAUGGGCUGGACUCCUGGCACGGGCCUUGGACCAGACGGCAAAGGGAUAGCAGAACCGAUAAGAGCAAUCCAGAGACCAAAAGGACUCGGACUCGGAUUUAGCUGACAGUGGUGCACUUUGGCUGCCGAAUAAAAAUCAAGAUCAAAAUCAAUUUUAAAAGAC